GUCUCCAUGGAAACAGGACAUAGAACGAAGGCGAAACAGCCAAAUAUUUUUUAAACUACACCUUAACGUCUAAAAACAAAAAGGUCGAAGCAUUGUGCCAUAGCACCAUUUAUUUUAUCGCUUGUGCUUCCAAGUAUCAUUAAUAACAUUUGAAUCAAAGUCAAUCUCCACGAAUAUUAUCUUUUAUCUAAAUCACAAUCCUCGAAACAUUUGCUGAACACUACAGAUCGAUAUCAAAUGUACUUUCAUUUUUCUUAUGAUGAAAUUCGAAACGAAGUUUUAAAAAAUGCAGCAAAACUGCGAAAGUUUGAAUAAGGGAAAUAAGAAACUCAGCUAGAUGUUCAUUUGAGAGUUACCUACCCUUUGUUGUUUUAUUUAUGUCUCUGAAUGUCGUAAACAUUUCGCGGUAUAUUUCCGUCGCUCGUUUGAAUUGUUAUUUACACCUACUAAAAAUGCUUCCUGCUUCGAAAAAUCAUCAGGUUCUUAACGGAAAUCGACGCCAUACACGAUCUCUGAGUAGAAAGUCUAAUAAUUAUAACCAUUUAAAAGUCGAAAGUAAAAUGUCACCACGUGUUGCUAGUGCUAGUGACAUCAAAACAGAAGACACCCAGUAUACAAAACUCCUUGAAAAUAGUAAUGAAGCAGUUGGAAGAAACGAAACUUACAGAAGCGACACAGCUAAUCAACAAGGACUUUCUGACAAAAAUACUACCCGAGUUAGAAAGCAAAGAUCGAAAAUAACGAUUAAAUACGAAAAGAAUGAUGAGUUUGAAAAUAACAAUACAGAUGUUGAAACUGUAUCGCCGUAUUUUACAACGAAAAAACACGAGCAAACUGAUCUGGAACAGGAAAAUAAAAGAACCAAAUGGGAACCCGAAGGGUGGUCAUUAGUUCUCAAUAACAUUCGAGAGAUGCGUAAACAUCAAGACGCCCCAGUAGAUAGUAUGGGUUGCGAUACGAUAUCAGAUCGUACUUCAGCACCUGAAAUAUUCCGAUACCAGGUCCUGUUAUCACUGAUGCUGUCCAGUCAAACUAAAGACGAAGUCACCUCAGCAGCAAUGAUGCGACUGAGAGAAUAUGGAUGCAACAUCGACAACAUCUUGGAAACUACGGAUGAAAAACUGGGCAAACUUAUUUACCCUGUUGGCUUUUGGAAGAGGAAGGUCGAGUAUAUAAAGAAAACAACACGCAUUCUGAAAGAGAAAUAUCAUGGUGAUAUUCCUCACUCUCUCGAAGGUUUGCUUCAGUUACCCGGUAUUGGUCCCAAAAUGGCUCACCUGAUUAUGAAAUGCGCGUGGGACAAACUAACAGGAAUUGGUGUGGACACACAUGUUCACCGCAUUUCUAACAGACUUGGAUGGGUUCCUACACAAACAAAAGAACCUGAAAAAACUCGCAAAUUUCUUGAAGACUGGCUGCCUCGCGAAUAUUGGAAUGAAGUGAACCAUUUGUUGGUCGGUUUUGGCCAACAACUCUGCAGACCCGUCAACCCAGCUUGUGUUACGUGUCUUAACAAGGAACUCUGUCCAACUGGUCGCAAGAACGUGAAAGCUAUGAAGAUAACGAAGAAAAAAACAUGAGUAAUAACUGUGUGUUGGCAUAAUGAUAUUUUCAUUGUAGGAAUUCAAACAAUAUUAACGAAUUAAUGUAUACAUAUUGAUAUAAAAGCCAUUCAAACAACAGUCUUAUACUGAGCAAAAACUAAAUUAA